CCUCGCCCGUGUGUGCGCUCUGCUGUGUGCUAGCGAAGCGUCUCCAAAGGAGGAGUCUUUUUGCGUCAAUCCCCUUUCUCUCUUAAUUUUGGCAUCAGGAAGUAGCUAUGGGGAAGUCUAGGCAGGAUUUUGAGUAAAGUCUGUGUAUCGCACGAACAGGCGUUUCUGACGAAGGAGGUAUUCAGCAGCACAGUAAUACUAAUAGUCGGAGAGGAGCUCGGUUCUGUUGAAGUUUCACUGUCCGGAUACCAAGAAACCUUAAGCCGAUAAAGGAAAAACCCCACACACUAAUAUAAUACUUUCAUUUAUAACAGCACGUUAAAAUCUACGUGUUUUUUUUUUUUUUUUUGUCCAGCUGUUUUUACUUUGGCUGUGUCAGGAAAAGUAAGACGCUAGCAAGUGGAGUGCACUCAGUCAUUUGUUAAAACCCGGCUUUCAAAGGGAUAAACCUGUUAUACCUAAGCCGUCUGACGGGUCGUGUGUCAGGGAUACAGCGAGACAGCAGUGCCACUGGAUGCUAUCCACAAAACGAAGGGUUACAAAAAGAAGGUGCUGAGCUAUCCCGGUUUGAAUGCCUUUGCAAGGGUUUUGCUCGUUUCUUUGCUGCAGGCACGGGUUCACGAUACUGGGACGGGAUUAUGGAGAGAAAGAGGAGGAAGAAUCGUUCGAGUUGAGGAGUAAGGAGGAUCAAGCGACUUGUAACGGCAGGGGUCCCUUGGAUAUAACUCUCACCCAACCGGGUCGCACUGCCAACGGACCUAGCUGCCUCUCAGAGAUUCCAGAGGAAAUGAGAAGUCUGAUUAUUGAGAAGAGCAAAGGAGCGAACGAGGAGGAUGCAGAGGCUGUUGUCAAAGGUUGGCUGUACAGAGAAGUGCGUGGAGGGUGGAUCAAGAUGAGGAGGCACUGGUUUGUCCUGACUCCAGACUCUCUGGACUUCUACACCAGCAGCGAGAGGAAUGCCAAGAGGCUGGGAUCACUGGUCCUGACCAGCCUCUGUUCUGUCAUCUGGCCCGACAAACAGAGCCACAAAGAAACUGGCAAUUGGAGCAUCAUGGUGUACGGUCGCAAGCACAGCUAUAGGUUGUACACCAAGCACUUUAAUGAGGCAGUACACUGGGCAUGUGCAAUCCAGAAGGUCAUAGACAGCAAGGCUCCUGUCGAAACCCCGACACAGCUCCUUAUUCGGGACAUUGAGGAGAACAAGUUCAACCCUGAGGCUGUGGGGCACAUCUACAAACACAACCCCAUCCUGAAGCACACACAGAGCCCUCUCUAUGCCUCCCUGCUCCCCUUUCCCUAUGGCAGUCUGGACCACACCUUUCACAGUGCGAAGGGCUACACCACAUUGCGAGAUGAGGCGGUGAAGAUCUUCAACUCCCUACAGCAGCUGGAAUCGGCCCAGGACCCUGUGCCCCUCAUCCAGGGGGUGCUGCAGACCUGCCUGGACCUACGGCCGCUGCGGGAUGAGGUGUACUGCCAGCUGGUCAAGCAGACGAGUGGGACGCCCAGCCCCGACACCCCGGCACAGCUCCGAUACUGGCAGCUACUGACCUGCAUGAGCUGCACCUUCCUGCCCAGCCUCUCUGUCCUUAAAUACCUGCGCUUCCACCUCAAAAGAGUACAGAGCCAGUACCCAGACACAGAGAUGGAUAACUACGCAGCAUUUAUAUCUGAAGCCAUUGGGAAAACUAAAGGGAGGGAGUAUGUGCCAUCCUGGGAGGAGAUCCUGGUCCUGAUAAACCGGCAGAAGAUGUUCUGCACCAUUCACUACCCCGGCCGCAGCUCCUGCAAGCUCCCCAUCAGCUCCCACACCACCGCUGACGAGGUUGUGAAGAAGAUGAAGGAGAGGUUGGGUCUGCAGCUCAGCCACAACACCUUUGCACUGUUUGAAGGGAACGGCUACAAGGAGCGGGCAGUAGGGGGCAGCACCAUCGUCGCCGACAUCCUGACCAGGUUUGAAAACCUCGCUGCUAAGGAGCCCGAGUCGGAACAUCAGUGGAAACUCUGUUUCAAGCUCUACUGUUUCCUGGAUACAGACAGCAUCCCCAAAGACAGCAUCGAGUUCACGUUCCUCUUUGAACAGUCCCAUGCGAUGGUAAUCCAGGGUCACUUGUUUACCUCUGAGGAGGACCUCCAGUUGUUGGCGGCUCUGCGCCUCCAGUCCCUGAACGGAGACUUCAGCACCCACACGCCGUCGCCCCCGGUGGAGGAGCUCUUCCCCAGGCACGUCAUCGAGGCGAGGGCCCUGGCUUUGGUCAAGACCGCUCCAGCCAAGCCAGCCUGCUGUCCCUCGCGUUUCCUGACGGGGGCGCUGCACGCAGGGCUCUGGAACCACGCUGCCGUGCAUAAGAUCAAGGCCGAGGACGACCUUCGUUUCCGGGCCCGACUCAAAGAGGAAGGGGCCUCCGUGAUGGCUUCGAUUGUGGAGAGGUGGAAGACCCUGCAAGGCCGGGCCCGGGAGGACGUCAUGUCUGUUUACCUAUCCGUCGUCAAGCAGUGGCCCGGGUUCGGCUCCACCCUCUACGAAAUCGACUUCUACAUUAGCUCAGCAGGAAGUUUUUCACAGCGGCUGUGGCUGGGAGUUGCUGCAACGUCCGUGUCUCUGUACAAACAAGGAGAUCCCGAACCGCUGGAGAGUAUCAGUUACGGGCAGAUCUCUUCCUAUGGAGUGUCAGACAGCACCACCUUCAAAAUCACAGCGGGAGACAGGGAAUUCAUAUUUGAAACCAGCAAGCUGAACGAGAUUGCCCAGCUCAUGACCGCCUACAUCACCAGCGCUCGCAGAACCCGCCGCCCCAGCCAAAGGACGGAGAGCGAGAACUUAGCCCUGGGGUCUCCUGUCCUGGAGCCCGCCUCACACCCUGUUUAAACACUCCCACAUGGACUUAGCAACGGGACCCAAUUCACAUUCACACACAGUGGUUUUUUCCGGUGUCAUUAUGUGCCAUCUUUCAAUACAAAACUACAUUUCUGGUGGAUGUCUGGCCACGUUUAAAAUCACGGAAAAUGCAUUGGAGGCAAGUUGGGACCAUACUUUAUUUUAAAAGCGACCCCAUCAGACUAAAAAAAGCAGUUCUGUCCAAAGUUACUGUACUUGCUGCACUUCUUCCAGGGCAAAUGUGAGAAGCUAUGGUAAAAUGCAACAGCAAAAAGAACAAGGGCAUGUAAAAAGAAAAAAAAAAACUGGAUAGAGAAAUGUGUCAACCUAUUUCUUUCUAGAGUAUGGAGUAAAUCUCAUUCCAGGUGCUAAUCUCAUCAAUUCUAAGCUAACUAACCUUGCCCCUGACCAGGGUGGUCUUUUGAAUGCAUUACUACAAAAAAAUAGUUUUGUCAUCUGAAAACAAAAUAGGAAUUUCCUCAUUUAACCAGCUUCAAAACAUUCACGUCAAGCUGGCUCUUUAAUUUUAAUCUGCUUGGUUGAAGAGUACCAGACUUCUCCCAGUAUCUGUAUGUAAUAAUAAGAUUGCAUCAGCUAAAUAAUACACCUCAGAAUAGUAACUGCGGAUUUUUAAGUACUGUUUUUGUUACCAGCAUUUUACAGUACUACUAAUUAUUUUUUAUUACAUGGCUUAAAAAUAUUACUACAGGUUAGGGUAGUUGCAAAGAAACUUACAACCAUAUACAGAGAACAAGAAAUAAUAGCAGGAUGCAAGUUUCAGAAAUAAAUUAAGCCAGUGUGCAAAUCGAACUGCUCGCUCACAAACUUGAUUUGGUACAAAUCUAAAUAUACAGAUACUUUGUCGUUUUUAGGAAAGUGCUGGACCUGUUGCAUUCCAGUGAUGAGCACACAUAGUACCUGCCUAUACUGAACAGUCUGAAUAUUAAAAAAAAAAAAAACGUUCAGCACAGCAGCCUGGGGUGGGCAUCUAUUCUCAUCCAAAAAUAUAUUCAAAUAUUUUUAAUGUGUCGGCUUUAUCUAUUUACUAAUGCAUACUGCAGCCAAAUAAGGUUAGACAAAUUAUAAAUCAGCUGUAGUUGAAGUCAAAAUUGAUGCUAUACUGUGAAGAACCUCUUCAGUGACAGGAUAGACUAUUUUAAUAUGAAAUCAAUUAAUUAAUCUUCUAUCUCCUGACAGUUUCUCCUUUUUUUUUUUUUUUUUUUUUUUUUUUGGUUUAAUGAUUUGCUGUUGUCUGAAAUAUGAUGCCGAAAGAGAUGAAAAUAUUAUGGAUUUUUUGAAAUGAUAAUGGAUAUUAACUUUUUUAUAUUUAAUUUUUUUAUU